AUGUCAGCACCCACCCUCUGGCGCAUUCCCCGGUCCCAAGUCCUUCGCGGCGACACGGAUCCCAUACAUACGAACCAUCAAAGGGUCGACAUACUUUACCCCAAACCAUCCGGGGAUCUACGUAAAAUGCGGCAAAGUGAUUCGCGUUGCCCGGACGAACUGUCAUUCGUCGAUGGCGACGCCUGGAAGCCAUAUAUGGAACUCGUCCGGCCAUGGCCAAAGCCAGGGAUAUUACCGUUCCCACUACCGCAAGGCCAAUACAGCGUCAUCCAGUCAUUGCGGAUGAAUUCUCGAUUCAAGGCGUCUACUAUAUGCAUUCUCCGAGAGCUCGCUCCGAGGCCAAGAGCCAAUCGUCAGAGGCUACAUCGAUCUUUUGAUUCAGCGUCUGCGCCCGAGUGCAAUGAUGAGAACAAGCCCGUCGACAUGAGGUGGCAAGUGGUACAGCUACCACGUUCGACGUUGGCUUAUCAGGGGACCUAG